CACGGUAGGGUCCGACGGAAUGGUUGUUGCUGCCUCUUCUCGCCAAGCAGCAGUAUCACAACACUAGCGGUAGUCACUCUACGCUCUUCCACUCCCGAUCUAAUCGGAUCUCAGUACCCGCAAAACCCGCAGGGAGCAGUGAGAGUGACGCGGAUCCGAGACAAGGCAAACUCCACUCUCAGCCAAACCGUCCAUCCUGCAGGGUGCGGUCUUUCAUUAAUUCUGUUGUGUUUCUUGGAUUUGCUGUGUACGGCCGCAAGAAGAUGAAUCUCGGGGUUAUAUAUGUGACACAAAUGUACUUUGAUAAUAAAUUUACUUUUAAGUUUUAAGUGUGCGCAUGGAUUAAAGCGCCUGGAAAAUGUCUGGGGAGACUGGGGGCGGAGGUAUUUCACAAUUCAGACCCGCCUCUUCCUACCAACACCACUUGAAGUCUCCGUCGGGAUGUGACAUCAGAAACCCGAUGAGAGACCCAGGAUCAGCUGGUGGUGCAGAAAACUAGCGUGGUCCCACUGCCAGAGAAUAAAAGCUGUCAGUGUUGGAAGUUGGAAACUGAUCAAAUGAUCACUUUUGAUGUGACUGUGUAUGGUGACGACGUGCAUUUCAAUAGAUUUUGGUCACUGGGUGUGAAAUGUCUGAGGAUAAUCUCACUGCAAACAAGACCACUGUCUCUAGCAACGGUUAUGUCUGGAGCUAUGAGUAUUAUGACUAUGAGCCAGUUUCCUUUGAAGGAUUGAAGGCACAUAGAUAUUCCAUAGUGAUUGGAUUUUGGGUCGGCUUGGCUGUCUUCGUGCUCUUCAUGUUUUUCGUUUUGAUGUUACUAACCAAGACGGGAGCACCACACCAAGACAGGAACCUGGACCUUAUGACAAAGCAACAAAGAAUGAACAGCUUCGCCAUUAAUUAUGUCACAUGCAAAACUGAUAAAGCCUUUUGCCAUCCUGCGAGUGAAGAGUCCAGGUCUCUCUUUCACUUCUAUGAAAAUGAAGUUGGACAUUUAGAAAGACAAUUGAUGACCAAGGCAUCUGAUCUGGGGAGCUGUGACCUCCCUCAAGGAGGUGGAAGAAGCAAAAGCAUGAAUGAUGCUGCGGACUGCCUAGGCAGAUUUGACAUCCCAAACUGUGUGACCUUGGAUCAAAGCUCCUCCCUGACGGGAGACAAUCUCCUGAUGUGUGGGCACCCAGUUAUUCUUGAAAAUAAGCACGACAUGCUGCAAGUUGUGCAUCAAAUGUCUGACUAGUUGUUAAUAUAAUCAUGAAACACAACUACAGAAAUCCAUUCAAAAUUUGUAAAUUGUGUAGAAUGAUAGAAAAUAAUGUUUGACUUCUGUUUAUCUGCUGUUCAUCACCUCAUCUUCUAUCUUUAAUUUCAAGCCAGUGUUUAGAAAUUGAAAAGAUAUGUUCAUAGAGAAUCUUCAUACAUCUUUAUGAAGGGUCAAAAACACUUGAACUGAAAUGAAUUACCUUCCAGUCAGUGUUAAAGAGUAUACUUAUACAACAUGCUCUGUACCUCUGUCACACUCAUUUCCAUUGAUCUGUUGAACUUCAGUAUGAACUGUGAAUCAUCAACUCUGCCAACUUGCUAUUUCUAGAAGUGUAAGGUUAAUUUAUUAAAUAUAAUUUGUUUUUAGUAUUUUUUCCCUGGAGGUGGUUAAUUUAAGUUUAAACAGUAUUUAACUUUAUUGAAAUUGAAGAGCUCUGGAUGCUUUGCUAUUUUAUUACAAUAUUAUAAAUAGAAGCAUUUGUUUUCAUAGUGCUAUUUCUGUUAU